AUGUCUUCAUUUGGUCCAGUGACUCUUGGUGGAGGCCUUCUGAGUUCUGAUGGCUCUAUGGCUCUUGUAUAUGCCUUCAGCCGCUUUGCAUUAUUUAUGUGCGGCCGAAAGCAGCGCACAGUCCCUAACUUAUUGUUAUUAUUUUUUUCAACAGGCCCCCGUACACGAAAACCGAAAAAAUCACCUGGUGAAAAAGGUAUCCAACCUGUCAAUGAAGAUAAAAGACCUCGUACCGCAUUCAGUGGAUCUCAGUUGGCUCGAUUAAAACACGAAUUUACAGAAAACCGCUAUCUCACAGAAAAGCGACGUCAACAAUUAAGCGGUGAACUCGGUCUAAAUGAAGCUCAGAUAAAAAUCUGGUUUCAAAAUAAACGUGCCAAGAUUAAGAAGUCAAGUGGUACUAAAAAUCCAUUAGCUCUACAAUUGAUGGCUCAGGGUCUAUACAAUCACUCAACAAUUCCAUUAACAAAAGAAGAGGAAGAGCUGCAAGAGCUUCAAGCUAAAGCAGCAUCGAGUGCAUAGAAAUAAUAACAAAAACAAAAAAAAGAGUUCCUUUUCACAUAAAUCUUUUAUGUAAGAAACUCAUCUUUACAACGAAAGUAUUAGACAAACGAAUAAAAAUAUAAAACAAAAUACAAACAACAAAAAAACUAUAAACAAUUGUAUAUUUUAACCACCUAUUCUUGUACAAAAAUUAAAUUAAAUAAAUAAUAAAAUAAAAAUAAAUUUUAAAAAAAGC